GUUUCUCUCUCACUUAUUUUUCUUUUGGGCCAUUGAGAAAUCUGUGUGUGCGAAGAGGGAGAUCGUUGACCCUCCGCCGCGGCACCACACACUGACAAACAGAUUGCGAGCAGUCGUCAAGAAGCAAAGAUGCGUCUCGUCAUCCUGGACACUUCGGACGAGGUCUCCGAAUGGGCGGCCAAGUAUGUCAUGAAGCGAAUCAACGACUUCAAGCCAAAGGCCGACCGCUUUUUCGUCCUGGGCUUGCCCACCGGAGGGACACCACUUGGAAUGUACAAAAAAUUGAUUGAAUACUAUAAGGCUGGAAAAGUGUCAUUCAAAUAUGUCAAAACAUUCAACAUGGACGAGUAUGUUGGCUUGCCUCGAGACCACCCUGAGAGUUACCACUUCUACAUGUUCGAGAACUUCUUCAAGCACAUCGACAUUGAUCCCAAAAAUGCUCACAUUUUGGACGGAAACGCUUCAGAUUUGGUUAAGGAGUGCCUUGAAUUUGAGGAGAAAAUAAAACAAUCUGGAGGAGUGGAGCUUUUUGUUGGAGGUAUCGGACCCGACGGCCACAUUGCCUUUAACGAGCCAGGGUCUUCCCUGGUUUCUCGCACCAGGGUGAAAACGUUGGCCCAGGACACCCUGGAAGCCAACGCUCGAUUCUUCAACAACGACAUUUCCAAAGUGCCGAAGCAAGCGUUGACGGUCGGAGUGGGAACCGUCAUGGACGCUCGAGAAGUUAUGAUUCUGAUUACUGGAAACCACAAAGCGUUUGCCUUGUACAAAGCCAUUGAAGAAGGGGUGAACCACAUGUGGACCGUGUCCGCCUUCCAGCAGCACCCCAGCACCCUCUUCAUCUGCGACGAAGAUGCCACUCUUGAGCUGCGGGUUAAAACCGUCAAAUACUUCAAGAAUUUGUGGAGCGUGCACAGUCAGUUGGUGGACAUUGUGUGAUCGACUUAACCCAUCGAUGCAUUCCAUUUUUUUUCCUUUAUCAAAUAUUAUUUUCUCUGGUACGUGUAUUGAGGAUAUAUUUUUUGUUGCCCGUAAUGAAAAUACACUAAUAUCAGGCAUGUUAA